AAUCUAGAACAAAUUAUGUUAAGUCCUGACUCCACUGCAAAGACGGGAGAUUCUGGUAUUGAGUCUUUAGCCAGGCGUCUACAAGAGGACACACAGCUGGGGUCAAGUAUGGGAUCCAGUCCGGUCCCGCCCUCUAGUGGCAAUGAACAAGUAGACCAAGCUUUGGUCUUUCACCUGAGUUACUGUGACAAACUACUUGAGGUGAGCUCCAUCUCUUUGAUCUUUCUCUGUCCAUAAGAUUUUAUUUAAGUCAUUUCUUGACCCCCUGGUUCAGCGGUUUGAAUGACUCUUACACAAGGGUCCCCUAGGACCAUCAGAAAACACAUAUUUAUGUGAAGCAACAAAAAUAAUUUGAUGGAGGGGGUUCACCACAACAUGAAUUGUAUUCAAGGGUCUUGCAUUAGGUAGGUUGAGAACUACUGCUCUAGUUGGUGGCAUCCUUUUGCCCAUGUUAGUGUCAGCCUUUGGCAGUAUUAGUGUCAGCCUUUGGCAGUAUUAGUGGCAUCCUUUUGCCCAUAUUAGUGUCAUCCUUUGGCAGUAUUAGUGUCAGCCUUUGGCAGUAUUAGUGUCAGCCUUUGGCAGUAUUAGUGUCAUCCUUUGGCAGUAUUAGUGUCAUCCUUUGGCAGUAUUAGUGUCAGCCUUUGGCAGUAUUAGUGUCAUCCUUUGGCAGUAUUAGUGUCAUCCUUUGGCAGUAUUAGUGUCAGCCUUUGGCAGUAUUAGUGUCAUCCUUUGGCAGUAUUAGUGUCAUCCUUUGGCAGUAUUAGUGUCAGCCUUUGGCAGUAUUAGUGUCAUCCUUUGGCAGUAUUAGUGUCAUCCUUUGGCAGUAUUAGUGUCAGCCUUUGGCAGUAUUAGUGUCAUCCUUUGGCAGUAUUAGUGUCAGCCUUUGGCAGUAUUAGUUCAUUUUGCAAAUGAUUUGAAUUACUUUCUUAGAAUCGUUGGACUUUUAUAAUCCUGAUCAAACUUUCUUUCAGAAUUUAGGAAAUUAUGGGCCCUUGAAGUGUCGGGAAUUCUAUGCAUUGGACCGUCUUCAA